UUGAUUGGGAGGCAGCUGAAACCUAGAGAUGAAGAAAGUUUUUACCCUAUUAGAAAGGUCUUGGUUUGGUAGUCCACUACAAUUUACCUGGCAAAAGACAUUAGGAAACUACCUAGCUGUAACAGGAGCUGAUCAUACCAUAAAAAUCUUUGAUCGUCAUGGUCAAAAAAGAAGUGAAAUUAAUUUGCCUGGCAACUGUGUUGCUAUGGAUUGGGAUAAAGAAGGAGAUACCCUAGCAGUGAUUGCUGAGAAAUCUAGUUUCAUUUAUUUGUGGGAUGCCAAUACCAAUAAAAUUAGCCAGUUGGACAGUGGCAUGAGGGAUCAGAUGUCUUUUCUUCUCUGGUCAAAAUAUGGAGCAUUCUUAGCUGCUGGAACAGUUAAGGGAAAUUUGCUUAUAUAUAAUCGUCAGACUUCUAGAAAGAUCCCUGUCCUUGGUAAACACACUAAGCGGAUAACAUGCGGCUGUUGGAGUUCAGAAAAUCUACUGGCAUUGGGAAGUGAAGAUAAAGUGAUAACAGUCAGUAAUCAGGAAGGUGACACCAUAAGACAGACUCCAGUCCGAUCAGAGCCUAGUGAUAUGCAGUUUUCAACAAUGAAGACUGAUGACAGAAACUCUGCUUCUGAAAGCACAAUAAGUGUGGUGGUUGGCAAGAAAACUUUAUUUCUUUUCAAUCUGAAUGAUCCAGAUAGCCCAAUUGAUCUAGAAUUUCAACAGCGCUAUGGCAACAUUGUUUGUUACAGUUGGUAUGGUGAUGGCUAUAUAAUGAUUGGUUUCUCACGUGGAAUUUUUGUUGUUAUUUCAACUCAUAUUCGAGAGAUUGGUCAAGAGAUCUUUCAGGCUCGUAACCACAAAGAUAAUUUAAGUAGUAUUGCAAUAUCACAAUCCCUUAACAAAGCUGCUACAUGUGGGGAUAACUGCAUUAAAAUCCAUGACCUAUCCGAACUAAAAGAAAUGUAUGCUAUAAUAAACAUGGAUGAUGAAAAUAAAGGGUUGGGCAGUCUAUCUUGGACAGAUGAUGGCCAGUUGUUGGCAGUGUCUACUCAGAGAGGCUCCCUCCAUGUUUUCCUGACCAAACUUCCAGUUCUUGGGGACAACUGCAACACACGAAUUGCAUAUCUCACCUCUCUCCUUGAAGUGACAGUAGCCAACCCUGUUGAAGGAGAGUUACCCAUCACAGUUUCUGUUGAAGUGGAACCUAACUUCCUAGCUAUAGGUCUUUAUCAUCUGGCUGUGGGAAUGAACAAUCGAGCAUGGUUCUAUGCCCUCGGAGAGGAUGUUGUGAAAAAAUUGAAAGAUGUUGAAUAUCUGGGAACAGUAGCUAGUAUGUGCCUCCACUCUGACUAUGCUGCUGUACUUUUUGAAGGCAAAAUACAGUUACAUAUGAUAGAAAGUGAAAUUUUGGAUGCUGAAGAAGAGCGGGAGACCCGACUUUUUCCAGAGGUAGAUGACAAAUGCCGAAUUUUAUGCCAUGCUUUAACUGGAGAUUUCCUGAUUUAUGGCACAGAUACUGGUGUUAUUAGGUAUUUCUUUAUUGAAGAUUGGCAAUAUGUGAAUGAGUAUCGACAUCCUGUCAGUGUGAAAAAAAUUUUUCCUGAUCCAAAUGGGACCAAAUUAGUUUUCAUCGAUGAAAAAAGUGAAGGAUUUGUCUACUGUCCUGUUAAUGAUAUCAUCUAUGAAAUUCCAAAUUUCUCACCAACUAUUAAAAGUGUUCUUUGGGAAAACUGGCCAUUGGAUAAAGGCGUAUUUAUUGCCUAUGAUGAUGACAAGGUGUAUACAUUUGUCUUUCAUAAGGAUACUAUACAAGGUUCCAAGGUAAUUUUGGCAGGUGGUACCAAAAUUCCAUUUUCUCAUAAACCAUUGCUGUUAUAUAAUGGAGAAUUAACAUGCCAGACACAGAGUGGAAAAACCAACAAUAUCUACCUUAACACCCAUAACUUCCUUGGCAAUUUAAAAGACCCUGAGCCUAAUGAGCUGAAACAAAUGCUGACGCUGGCUUUAAUGCUAAAAAGGUUUUCUGAUGCCUGGGAAUUGUGCAAAAUCCUCAAUGAUCAAGAUACUUGGAAUGAACUUGCUAGAGCCUGCCUACAUCACAUGGAGGUGGAGUUUGCAAUCCGAGUUUACCGUACAAUUGGAAAUGUUGGAAUGGUGAUGUCUCUAGAAAAAAUAAAGGGAAUAGAAGAUCACAAUCUUUUAGCAGGACAUCUUGCCAUGUUUACAAAUGAUUUCAGUUUGGCUCAGGAUCUUUAUUUGUCAUCUAUUUAUCCCACUGCUGCAUUGGAGAUGAGACGAGAUUUGCAACAUUGGGACAGUGCUCUACAGCUUGCUAAACGUUUGGCCCCAGAACAAAUUCCAUUCAUAUCAAAGGAGUAUGCGAUUCAGCUUGAAUUCAUGGGUGAUUAUGUAAAUGCCUUGGCUCAUUAUGAGAAAGGAAUAACAGGGGAUAAUAAGCACCUAGAACAUGAUGAAGCCUGUCUAGCUGGAGUGGCUCAAAUGUCUAUUAGAAUGGGAGAUAUUCGAAGAGGGGUCAACCAAGCCAUUAAACAUCCAAGUCGACUCCUGAAAAGGGAUUGUGGCACCAUUCUGGAAAACAUGAAGCAAUUUUCAGAAGCAGCCCAACUGUAUGAAAAAGGGCAGUACUACGACAAAGCAGCAUCUGUUUAUAUCCGCUGUAAAAACUGGGCAAAGGUUGGUGAGCUUCUACCUAAUGUUUCUUCUCCUAAGAUCCAUCUACAGUAUGCCAAAGCUAAAGAAGCAGAUGGAAGAUAUAAAGAAGCAGUUCUUGCUUAUGAGAAUGCAAAACAAUGGAACAGCGUAAUCCGAAUCUACUUGGAUCACCUUAAUAAUCCUGAAAAAGCUGUUAGAAUUGUCAGAGAAACCCAGUCUCUUGAUGGAGCCAAAAUGGUAGCCAGAUUCUUUCUUCAAUUGGGUGAUUAUGGCUCUGCUAUCCAGUUUCUUGUUAUGUCCAAAUGUAAUCAUGAAGCUUUUACCCUGGCCCAGCAGCACAAUCAGAUGGAAACCUAUGCAGAUAUCAUUGGUUCUACAGACACAACUAAUGAAGACUAUCAAAGCAUUGCAUUAUACUUUGAAGGAGAAAAGAAGCAUCUUCAGGCUGGAAAAUUCUUCUUCUUAUCUGGUCAAUAUGCACGGGCACUUAAACAUUUCUUGAAAUGCCCAAGCUCAGAAGAUAAUAUGGCAAUAGAAAUGGCGAUUGAAACGGUUGGACAUGCUAAGGAUGAAGUUUUAACCAAUCAGCUAAUAAACCAUCUCCUUGGUGAGAGUGAUGGCAUGCCUAAGGAUGCGAAAUAUCUGUUCCGCUUGUACAUGGCUCUGAAGCAAUACAGGGAAGCUGCUAGGACUGCUAUUAUAAUUGCCAGGGAAGAACAAUCUGCAGGAAACUAUCGAAAUGCACAUGAUGUUCUCUUCAGUAUGUAUGCAGAAUUAAAAACUCAGAAAAUCAAAAUUCCUUCUGAGAUGGCUACCAACCUUAUGAUUCUGCACAGCUACAUUUUGGUGAAGAUUCAUGUUAAAAGUGGAGAUCAUAUGAAAGGAGCACGAAUGCUUAUUCGUGUGGCCAACAACAUCAGCAAAUUCCCAUCACACAUUGUACCUAUCCUGACUUCUACAGUCAUAGAGUGUCACAGAGCAGGCCUGAAAAACUCUGCUUUCAGUUUUGCUGCUAUGUUGAUGAGACCCGAGUACCGCAAUAAAAUAGAUCUCAAAUAUAAAAAGAAAAUUGAAGCAAUGGUGAGGAGACCUGACACAUCAGAAGUAGAAGAAGUCUCCACACCGUGUCCAUUUUGUGAAUUCCUGCUCCCUGAGUCUGAACUACUCUGCCCUGGAUGCAAAAACAGUAUCCCAUAUUGCAUUGCCACUGGUCGGCAUAUGUUAAAAGAUGACUGGACCGUAUGUCCACAUUGUGACUUUCCUGCUUUAUAUACGGAAUUCAAAAGCUUGCUAACUACAGAAAACACAUGCCCUAUGUGUUCUGAAAGGUUAACCACUAAUCAGCUUCAAAAAAUAACAGAUUUUGCACUGUACCCCAGAGAAGUGGAGCACUGAAUACAUCCAGUUUCUGAAUGGCCAAAUUAGCCGUCAAAUAUACAUGGCUCCAAGAUAAGAGAAACACUUCCUAUGGAACAUGACUGAAGAGUAUCCAAAUGGAAGAUGUAGUGACGAUAUAGUAAUGAUGUUUUUAACAGCUUUACACUGAGGAUUGUCCUUCACAAGUGUCAUCUUGAGAAACUGUACUUCAGUGGUGAUGCCAUCAUUCAAAACAUUCUUUAUUGUGAAUUGCAAUUAGUCAGUUUAUGAACCAACCAAGAAAAUCAAUCUUGUUUUUUCAAUUCAACAAAAGUUGAU